AUGCAGAUUUUCGUCAAGACCCUCACGGGCAAGACCAUCACCCUUGAGGUGGAGUCCUCGGACACCAUCGACAAUGUGAAGUCCAAGAUCCAGGACAAGGAGGGCAUUCCCCCAGACCAGCAGCGUCUUAUCUUCGCCGGCAAGCAGCUCGAGGACGGCCGCACCCUCUCCGACUAUAACAUCCAGAAAGAGUCGACCCUCCACUUGGUGCUCCGCCUGCGUGGUGGUGGCAAGAAGAGGAAGAAGAAGGUCUACACCACCCCCAAGAAGAUCAAGCACAAGCGCAAGAAGACCAAGCUCGCUGUGCUCAAGUACUACAAGGUUGACGGCGACGGCAAGAUCGAACGUCUUCGCCGUGAGUGCCCCCAGCCCGAGUGCGGCGCUGGUGUCUUCAUGGCCGCCAUGCACAACCGCCAGUACUGCGGUCGCUGCCACUUGACCUACGUCUUCGACGAGGCCAAAUAG